AUGGGCAUCGACAAAUCUUGCCUGCUCCCCUACAGAGGCCCCCUCAUCAAAUUUACCGGACACUCUCUUCUGCUAGAAGGGAUGAUUACUCUUCCCCUAACAAUUGGAGAGUACCCUAGGCAAACCACCGUCAAAAUGCAGUUCCUGAUAAUGAAUCUUAAGUCGGCCCACAAUGUCAUCCUAGGCCGAACCGCCCUCCAUCUUUUGUGGGCCAUCCCUUCAACUUACCACCAGAUGGUCAAGUUCCUGACUCCUAAUGGAGUCGGAGUCCCUAGGAGCAAUCAGCGAGAAGCCAGGUCCUACUACCUACUCUCGACCAAAGGUAAAGGCGUGCAAGAUGCCUUGCCUAUUGAGAAAGCCUACCUCCAAAUGGAGAAAGCCACUGAGCGAUAG